AUGGUGUCCGCCUUAUACUGCAACACGUCUCCUGCAGGAACUUUUCUUGCAAACUUCUUCGUUAAAUCUGUUAACGAUGAGAUAGAUUUGAAAAUAGAUAACUUGUUGUCACAUAAUCCAAACGGAAGUGGGGCAGCAGGUGACACUUCACAGGAUUCCUCGCGCCCAGCUCAAAUAGAAGGUAGAAUUAAUUAUCCUCAAGUAUUCCCAGACCAAAUACCGGAUGGUUCUUGCAUGGUUAUCAAUGUUUUUGACACGUCCAGCAAACCGUCAAAGUACGUAACGAAACAAGUUAUCGACAACCCGAUGAAAGACGCUAGAAUCGAGUAUUUGCUCAAGCUCCCGAAAGACCAAGACCUGAGCAACGCCGCGCUACAAAAAUUAAAGAUAUCUGCCUAUGUUAAUGUUGGAUGGUGUUCCAAAGAUCAAACUAGUUCAGAAGAUCCAAAAGAUAACACAAAACAGCAAGAUUAUGCCACCGAAAUGCCUUACGCAAUUGAUCCAUCUUUAUCUGCCAUAACCAUGACUUCCAAGAGAAGUCCGAAAGCAAAGCCAAAAAUUCGAAUUAUACGCGGUCCAGAAAUAUAUCUUGAAAAAGUUACAAAAGAUAUGAAGGCCACCUUGUCUCCAACAAAUCUUAAUUCUGGUAGCGUUUCUCCAACUUCUUCAACGCAGACAGGUAAGAAAACGAUACUUUUAUACCCAGCUAAAACUUGUAAAUGAAUUAUCGUCUGCCGAUUAGAGAUAUUUCAACUGGUCUUUGAAAUCGAAAAGAGAACAGGUUCCUGUCCAAUCAAUUGCCACAUAAAUUGAUAAUAGAGCCAUAGCGUAUGAAAAAAUCUUAAACGAUGGU